GUCAAUAAUGAGGUGGUUGUUUUCUAAAAAUUCCAGUUCACAACGCGCAUUAGUGGAAAAUAAAUUAGAAAUCAAGAAAAAACCGUUGUUAUGGUCGUUAUUAUGCACAAGAAAACGACCGAGUUUCACUGUUAAGCGUCCUUUUCAAGAGAAUGUAGACAAUCAAAAAUCAAGGCGGGUGCAGCAACAUCGCAAGUCGAGAAUACUCAAUAAAUUUGAUACCAACCGGUUCUCAUCUUCCGAUUCUCUAUCAAGUGGGUCGGGGAAUUAUGAAGAAGUGUUUAAACGGGAUGAUUUAAUUGUUCCAACUUUAAACCAAUGUUCUAAAGAAUCACCUAUAGCAUUUUGUCCAAAUUGUCACACAAAUGUAGUUCCACUGUAUGAAAAGGUUGUCAGCGAUUCGAAUCAUGCGAUUCUAGAUAAUAAAGUUUCAGUAAACGAAUCGAUUGAAGUGUCUAACGAAUAUACUCUCUACGAAUCUGUUUAUAAGGAUAUUGUACUUCCUAUUGAUAAGCAUAUGAAAUGUGAACUAAAUGAGAAUACAGAAUUUCAACCUGUUGAGAAGUUACUAUCAUCUGUGUACUUUUUACCAACAGAACCAUUAGCUUUCAGUACCAUAGAUCGUAAGGCUAUUCACUUCGAUGACAGUAAAACAAUAUACGACGAAGUUGCUUCAGAAAGUGAAGAAGACUCAUCUUCAGGAUAUUAUGAUUCAUUACACUUUGUUGUGGUGAAACAAAGCAUCAAAACCUGUCGUAAACGUAGCGCUUAUCCUGAAUCUGAUUCAUAUCAGCAAAUGAAACGGAUGAGACGAGAGGUGUUUGUUUGUGAAGAAUAAUUUUGGUUUUAUGGCCAAACCAAAACUCCAUUCAUAUUUUAUAAUAAUCGGUGUCAGCAUUUAUAUUUGAAACUACAUUUGGCAUUUUUUGACUUUCCCCGUUAAAAGUGACAUUACAUUUUUAUUUCGGUGUUUGUUAUCAAUGAUGUUGAAUAAAUUGGCAGCGUUCAUUAAAAAUUAAUUACAUUCCAGUUUUUAUACU